AAACAAAGUGUGGUGUCCGCAGAGCCCCGUAGGAAGCGAAAAGAGAGAAACCGGAGGAAGGAGAGAAUGGGGCGACUGAAUCCACAACAGGAGGAAUAAAAACCAACUAAAGAAAGAAAUAAAGAAGAGCGAAGACAGAGGAGAGGACGGAGAAACUCGCAGGAAAAAACUUUCCGGAGGGGAAAACUGUUACGGACUCAACACACGGCCACGUUUGAAAACAUGGAUACACUUUUCUCUGUAUUCCUGGGACUCCUGUUUCUCUUUUCGACAGUUGGGAACGUCUCCGGCCAAAUACCGACAGGGAGCUGUACGUUUGAUGAGGGCUUCUCUCAAUGUGAUUACCAGCAGGAUCCCUAUGAUGACUUUGACUGGACGCACAUCAACACACAGGAAGUGCCCUACGUCUCACCAGACCUGCCACAAGGUUCCUACAUGUACGUAGACGUCUCUCAGUAUGAUGUUGGGGAGAAGGCCAGGUUUCAGCUGCCGGUCAUGAAGGAGAACGACACUCACUGCAUCGACUUCAACUAUCUCCUCACCAGCCCUGACGGCUCCAGCCCUGGCACCCUCAACGUCCUGGUGAAGGUUAACAAGGGUCCCUUGGCCAACCCUAUAUGGAACGUGACGUCCUACACUGGGAAAGAGUGGCUGAGAGCCGAACUCGCCGUCUCCACAUUUUGGCCUAAUGAAUAUCAGGUCAUAUUUGAAGCAGAGGUUUCGGACAGCAAAGCCGGCUUCAUCGCCAUUGACGACAUUCAGGUGCUCAGCUACCCGUGCGAUAAAUCCCCUCACUUCCUGCGUCUUGGAGAUGUGGAGGUGAACGCCGGUCAAAACGCCACAUUUCAGUGUAUUGCUACAGGACGAGACACAUCGAACAAUAAACUCUGGCUACAGAGGAGAAACGGAGAAGAUAUUCCUGUGGCUCAGACCAAAAACAUCAACCACAGACGGUUCGCCGCCUCCUUCCACCUCAAAGAAGUCACUAAUCAGGAUCAAGAUCUGUACCGCUGCGUCACCCAAUCAGAGCGUGGCUCUGGGGUGUCUAACUUUGCGGGUCUCAUUGUCAGAGAGCCUCCGCACCCCAUCGCCCCACCCCAGCUGCUCGGUGUCGGCCCUACAUAUCUGCUUAUUCAGCUGAACGCUAACUCCAUAUUUGGAGAUGGACCUAUUAUACUGAAAGAGGUUGAGUACCGUAUGACAUCAGGCAGCUGGACAGAGACUCACGCUGUGAACUCUCCCAACUAUAAGUUAUGGCAUCUUGACCCAGACACAGAGUACGAGAUCAGAGUGUUGCUAACCAGACCAGGAGAGGGAGGGACAGGCAAAUCUGGACCACCACUCAUUACCCGGACCAAAUGUGCAGAACCUAUGCGGACUCCUAAGAGGCUAAAGAUUGCUGAAACCAGGUCUCGUCUGAUAGCGGUGGACUGGGAAUCGUUGGGUUACAACAUCACUCGCUGUCACACCUUUAACGUCACCAUCUGCUACCAUUAUAUGACUGCCAACAACCGUAGCAAAGCUGACUGCUUGGACAUGGACCCCAAAGCACCACGCCACCUGGUGGGGAACCUGCCACCCUACACCAAUGUCAGUCUGAAGAUGAUUCUGACUAAUCCCGAGGGACGUAAAGAAAGUGAUGAGACCAUCAUACAAACUGACGAAGAUGUUCCAGGCGCAGUUCCCAGUCAGUCACUAAGAGCCACUCCAUUUGAAGACAGAAUCCUUCUUUACUGGAAGGAACCGAGUGAACCAAAUGGAGUCAUCAUACAAUAUGAGAUCAGCUACAGUGGUGUGCGUUCAUUUGACCCUUCAGUGCCUCUCCAGCGGCCGGGACUCACGGUGUCUCUGCCCUCAAACGCCACACAUCACCUGUUUUCCCAGCUCCACCCCGGUGUCACGUACCAACUCUCUAUACGCGCAUCCACCUCCAAAGGGUUUGGACCCGCAACCACCCUCAAUGUGACUACUAAUAUUUCAGCCCCGACAAUAGAUGAGUACGACGGGUCAGAGGCCUUUCUGAAUGAAACGGCAACAACCAUCACUGUCCUGCUCAAACCUGCCCAGGCCAAAGGAGCACCUAUAAGUGCGUACCAGAUUGUAGUUGAGGAAGUGAAUCCUCAGCGGACUCGUCGUCAGGCUUCCUCUGACUGUUACGAGGUCCCAGUUUCCUACCACAGCGCAUCUAGUGGUGGAUCUCCAUAUUAUUAUGCCGCCCAGCUGUCCCCCAGCAACCUGCCUGAGCCGCUCCCCUUCACUGUGGGAGACAACAAGACAUAUCAGGGUUUCUGGAAUCCUCCACUGGCUCCAAGAAAGAACUAUAACAUCUACCUUCAAGCUGUGAGCAGCACAGAGAGGGAAACUAAGACACAAUGUCUGAGGCUGGCUACUAAAGGUGCUACAGAGGAGCCAGAAGUCAUCCCUGACCCCGCCAAGCAGACGGAUCGGGUGGUGAAGAUCGCUGGGAUCAGUGCCGGUGUUCUCGUCUUUAUACUGCUGGUGUUGGUAGCCAUCCUAUUGGUGAAGAAGAGGAAACUGGCUAAAAAACGUAAAGACGCCAUCGGAACAACGCGGCAGGAAAUGACUCACAUGGUGAAUGCCAUGGAUCGCAGCUAUGCUGACCAGAGCACUCUGCAUGCAGAGGAUCCUAUGGCUGUGACUUUCAUGGACUCUCACAACUACAACAACAGAUUGCCCAACGAUCCUCUGGUUCCCACUGCUGUGCUAGAUGAGAACCACAGCGCCUCUGCAGCAGAGAACAGCAGGCUUCUGGAUGUUCCUCGAUAUCACUGCGAAGGAACUGAAUCUCCUUAUCAGACAGGACAGCUCCACCCUGCCAUCAGAGUGGCCGACCUUCUGCAGCACAUCAACCUAAUGAAAACAUCUGACAGCUACGGCUUUAAGGAGGAAUAUGAAUUGGUGAUACAGAGCUUCUUCGAGGGCCAGUCGGCCUCCUGGGACGUGGCCAAGAAGGAGCAGAACCGCACCAAGAACCGCUAUGGGAACAUUAUAGCAUAUGACCAUUCAAGGGUUAUUCUCCAGCCCAUUGAAGAUGACCCCUCCUCCGACUACAUCAACGCCAACUACAUCGAUAUUUGGCUGUACAGGGAUGGCUACCAGAGACCAAGUCACUACAUUGCUACUCAGGGUCCUGUUCAUGAGACAGUGUAUGACUUCUGGAGGAUGGUGUGGCAGGAACAGUCAGCCUGCAUCGUCAUGGUGACCAAUCUGGUGGAAGUUGGAAGGGUUAAGUGCUAUAAGUAUUGGCCAGAUGAUGCCGAGGUGUACGGAGACUUCAAGGUGACUUUUGUGGAGGUCGAACCUCUUGCUGAAUAUGUGGUUCGCACAUUUACACUGGAGAGGCGUGGUUUCAACGAGGUGCGAGAAGUCAAGCAGUUCCAUUUCACAGGCUGGCCUGAUCACGGAGUUCCAUAUCACGCCACAGGACUACUUUCCUUCAUCCGCAGAGUUAAAAUCUCCAAUCCACCUUCUGCUGGACCAAUUGUGGUCCACUGCAGUGCUGGAGCAGGGCGUACAGGCUGUUUCAUAGUCAUUGACAUCAUGUUGGACAUGGCGGAGAGAGAAGGAGUGGUCGACAUCUACAACUGUGUGAAGGCUCUUCGCUCCAGGAGGAUCAACAUGGUACAGACUGAGGAGCAGUAUAUAUUCAUUCAUGAUGCCAUACUAGAGGCUUGUCUAUGUGGAGAAACAGCCAUACCAGUCUGCGAGUUCAAAGCUGCGUUUUAUGAGCUGAUCCGUAUCGACUCGCAGACCAACUCGUCACAUCUGAAGGACGAGUUCCAGACGUUAAACUCGGUGACUCCUCAGCCUCAGCCUGAAGACUGCAGUAUUGCAUUGUUGCCUAGAAACCAAGAUAAGAACCGCUUUAUGGAUGGCCUUCCUCCUGAUAGAUGCCUUCCCUUCCUCAUUACAAUAGACGGAGAAAGCAGCAACUACAUCAAUGCUGCUCUGAUGGAUAGCUACAGGCAGCCUGCUGCAUUCAUCGUUACCCAGCAUCCUUUGCCUAACACUGUCAAAGAUUUUUGGCGUCUGGUUUACGACUACGGAUGUACCAGUUUGGUGAUGCUGAAUGAGAUUGACCUGGCUCAGGGUUGUCCCCAGUACUGGCCAGAGGAGGGCAUGUUGCGUUAUGGUCCUGUCCAGGUGGAAUGUAUGUCCUGCUCAAUGGAUUGUGAUGUUAUCAGUAGACUCUUCAGAGUCUGCAACCUCACCAGGCCUCAGGAAGGCUACCUGAUGGUUCGUCAGUUCCAGUACCUGGGGUGGGCGGGACAUAGAGAAGUCCCCGCCUCCAAACGCUCCUUCCUCAAACUUAUCCUGCAGGUCGACCAGUGGCAGCGCGAGGGAGAGGAAGGAGAGGGAAGAACCAUCGUGCACUGCCUAAAUGGAGGUGGGCGUAGCGGAGUUUUCUGUGCCAGCAGCAUCGUGUGCGAGAUGGCCAAGAGACAGAGUGUGGUUGAUGUCUUUCACGCCGUAAAGACCUUGAGGAACAGCAAACCCAACAUGGUGGAUACUCCGGAACAGUAUCGGUUCUGCUACGACCUGUCACUGGAGUUCAUCGAGUCCUCCUAAACAAAGGAGAGAAGAGGAGGAGGUGAACAUCUUUUCACUUCCCGUGUGUUUGAUCCUUUUGCUUUUCGCCUGGUCCCGACUCCCCUCUGUGGUGGCCGUCCUGUAGCACCCAUUUUGCGUCAGUACAAAUGGCACAAGUGAAAUUGGCUCCUUGCACAGUGUUGUAAAGCAUCCAAACAAAGGGAAGAGUUCAGACUUUUAACAGAAGGAGCUGCUGGGAGUGCAACAGAGGGAGAGAUGUUGCUCCUUAUACUCCUUUACGCUUAUUGUACAGCUUUUUGAGUGCCAGCGGGCCCCUGUAUGUUUUGGACCCCAUUUAAAUGUUUAAUGUCUCACCACAACCCCUCGCCCCCACCCUUCCCCUCCCCUCCCAUGGACUUUUCAUCUGCAGUACUCAGUGUGCACUGUAGAUGUCUCCCUCCUCCCUUGCAAGCGGCAAACACAGCUUUCGAAUAACUGCAAGUUUUCAGUGGCCCCACAUUCCUGCUCUCAUGCUAAUUUCUGAGUAACUUAACAGUGUUGGUUGGGUAUCUCAUCAUGGUGAUGUUUGAAUAUUUGAGCCAGUACUUUUGUACAAAAACAAGUUACUUAAAGUUACAGCCUGGCCAAACUCUGUGAAAGCUUCUGUUUUCUACUUCAUACAUCAGCAGCAUCUUCAUGUUACUUUUCUGGUCAUUUCAGUCAGUUAAGUGCUUAAUUGCCCCUUUGAACCCAUUUUAUAUUGGUGGAUUGUCAGACAACAGAAUACAUAAACAGAAAUUAAAAUAUAAGUUUGCCAAUUAGACAAAGCACCAUUAAAGAAAGACUGACAAUGAAACAAAAACAGAAAGUUUACACAGGGAGUAUUAAGCUUUUAGAUUUUUUUUUUUUUAUGAUAUCAUGAAGUGUCAACUUGAAAAAUGUGUAGGAUUAUCACUCAAAUGUAUACGUUGAAAGAAAAGUGAUACAUGUAAUUGUUUAUGUUUUCUGCAGCCAUUAUCAGCUGCAGAGUAGUUUCUUUCCGACUGCUUUUGUUGCGGCAUUUACUGAUUUACCGGACAAAAAUUUUGAAGUGUCCUUUGUACCCCAAAUUGUAAAAGAAAAAAAAUUUAACACUUGAGAUUUUGUUCAACCAUGUUACAUUAGCAUAAUCGUGUUUGUUUCAGGGCUGGGCCCAAUGCACUUUCAAUUCUGCCAAUACACAAAUGGGAUAUUUUAUCUCAAAACUCAAAUAUGAAUAGAGAUUUGGCUCAUUUACUCUUAGAAAAGGCUGAGAGUAGAUCCUCUUCAAUGAACAGGUGACGGUUUUCAUUUAUGGCUUGAAUGGAAUUGGAAGUGAACUGACCCCAGGCCUCAUUUGUUUUGUGCACUGGUGGCCAACACUUUUUUGUUUGUUUGUUUUUAUUAUUAUUUUGUAGCUGAUGUUUAUUCAUAAGCCAAAGACUUUGUGUAAAUAUGUCUAUAUGGAUAAAGCACAUUGUUUGUAUUUAUUGUUUGUUUACUUGCAUUGCUUGUAAGAACAAUCAUUCUUCAUUCCACGUUUACUCUACCACCAGCGUUUCUUAAACUCAGGGGUCGGGACACAGAAUGGGCUGCAAGUCUCUUUCCUCUGGAGUACUGAGAGAAGUAGUAUGACCUAAUGAGCCCACAGUGGGUCCAGAGGUAAGAGGCUCCAUCUGCUCAAUUUGGAUCCAUGAAGAAAAGUUUAAGAACCCCUGAUAGAAGCUGUAUAUUAAAGCAUUAGAUGUAGUUUUUCAGUAUUUAGGUGGAAUUCAGUAGUAUUGUCUUGUUUUCACUUAAUGAAACUCUCUGUGAUGUUACUGUGGUUUAUUUGUGUAAAAGCCCCAUUGCUCUGUUUGUGGUCAGUAGAACAUCAGUGCAUUUUUAUGCACAGAGUAUUUUGGAUAAUAGCUCCUAUCCCUCUUAACGUCUUAGUUGGGAUAAGCUGUUUAUCUUCAUCCUGCUCACCAUUAUCCCAGAAUACGCACGGACUCAGUGAUGCAAACGGGCUUAGUGAGUGAAACACGCAGGACUGUGAAACAAAAAACAUUUAAUGUGCCUAAUCAUUUGAAUUUCCUUGCAUUUUAACAGCAUCUUUGACCGCAAAUCUUUACUGAAUGCGUUCUCAUGGACGAUCAAAGGUUUGAAUACCUUUUGGUCCAUGAUUCAACAUGUUUUAUUAAUCAGAAUGCUUCAUGAAUUCUUUGUGAGGCUUUACAGGCUUGCCGAACAUCAGAUGUGUUUCUGUUGUGCACAAACUGAUUCAGAAAAAAAUUAAAACAACUUUAAUGUAAAUAAAAUAAAAAAUAGUAGCCCAGGUCUACCAUUAAGGAUGUUAUUGUAAAUAGACUAUCAUGAGUACUCUAAAAGGCUCUAUUGUAGAGAUUCAGAUGAUGGAUGCAAUGUCAGAACAUUAGUUCUGUUGUAGAUAAAAAAACAAAGUCAGAGAUUGUACUCCUGGGGGAUUCGGCUUCAAAUUUUGACAGAUGUUGUUUAAAAAGCAUUAUAGUUUCCACUGAAUACAGAACUGUAUUCUGUUGGUGGAAAAUUAAGUUUCUUUUUUUUUCUCUGGAUUUCUGGUCUGACCCUAAGACGGGAGAGAAAAUUCAGAGGCCGUAACGCUAUGAUAAUACAGCUGUAUAUCUUCGUUGAUGAUGGUGUUUACCAGUUGGACAAAACUGUAGGCCAUCUCUAUGGCAUGCAAAGAGAGAAAGAUGAAGCAGUCAAUGAUAAGGGUGUUAAGAAUGUUACCUAGACACAUUAAGGGAACACUAAGGAGCAAAUCCUGGUAAAAUGCCCAUAAUUCCUCCUUCAUAAAUCUGAAGUAAUGGCUACCCUAAAGAGUAGUGAAUGAAGCAGGGAUCUGGAUGAGAGGCCAGUCUGAUUAUAGAAUUGAUAUUCAUGGUUCAUAAUUAUUCUUGUCUGUAAUGUUUGGCUUCUUUGCUGUAAUAAAGACCACUUCUUUAAUUAAAA